GUAGAUCACCUACAUUAUUAAUUGAAAAAUCCAAAACUCUCCACCAAAUUGGAAUGUUGUGAAGCAAAGAUUAGUAGAAAAUGAUGGCUUCCAUACAAACCGCGGCCGCGGCCCUCCGCCUCCGCGACAAUCAUUCAACGAGCGUGGGCCCGGUCCAGUUCAACCGCGGCUGGAGGAGGAGCGGAUGCGUGAAGAUGAAGGCGAACAACGUAAACAUGAGGAUGACUCACACGCCUUUAAGGGAUAAAGGCGGGGAAGCGGAGGCGAACGGCGGGUAUUUGCUAGGCGGGUUUUUGGCGGAGGACCGGUUCGUGUACCGGCAAACGUUCGUUAUCCGGUCUUACGAGACCGGACCGGAUAAAACCGCCACCAUGGAAACACUAAUGAAUCUGCUGCAGGAGACGGCUCUGAACCACGUGUCGAGCGCCGGGGUGGCAGGGAACGGCUUCGGCGCGACGCGGGAGAUGAGCAUCAGGAAGCUUAUCUGGGCUGUCACGCGUAUAAACAUCCAAGUUGAUGAGUAUAGCUCUUGGGGAGAUGUUGUGGUGGUCGACACUUGGGUGGAUGCAGGCGGUAAAAACGGGAUGCGCCGCGAUUGGAUUAUUCGAGACUACAACACCAACAAAAUCAUAAGCAGAGCCACCAGUAAUUGGGUGAACAUGAAUAGAGAAACAAGAAGGGUAAGCAAAAUCCCAGAUGCAGUGAGGGAAGAGAUACAGCCUUUUUACCUUAACAAGGUAGCAAUCACACCUCAGAAUUCCGAUACCCAUAAAAUUGAAAAGCUUACCGAUCAAACUGCUCAAAGAAUCCACAAUGGUUUGGCUCCACGAUGGAGCGAUAUGGAUGCAAAUCAACAUGUAAACAAUGUCAAAUACUUCGGCUGGCUCUUGGAGAGCGUGCCUAUAAAUGUGCUUGAAGACUACAACAUGACGUCGAUGACCUUAGAAUACAGACGGGAGUGUCGACAGUCAAACCUCCUCGAGUCGUUGACCACCAUCACAGUCAACGGAGAAGACCAAAAAAUGUUAGAAUGCACACAUUUGCUGCGCAUGGAAGAGGAUAAGGCUGAGAUCGUUCGAGCAAGAUCGGCCUGGCAGUUCAAAAAACCUCGUCACAAUAUCUAAUUUUUUUAUUUUUAUUUUCCUUUAAUUUUUCUGAAUAAAUGUUGCAAAUUAUUUGUAUUACAAGUACUCUAAACUCUCCAUAUUUUUUC